ACCAUACUCCCAAAGUUACCCUGCCCUCCCCCCUUCGCCGACCACCACAACUACCCAUCCCCAUCCCCGACCACCGCAUAUUGCCCCUCAUAUCUUUCGCGGAUCUCCAGCCACGACCCCCUCCCCUCUCCUCCUUACGAGCUGCCUACCCAUAACUGCUCCCCCCCCCCCUACCUAACGUCAACCAACAAAACAAUUAAUUAGGUAUUUCUGACUAUUACCAAUUGGAAGGGCCGGAGAUUCCGAGAGUUUUGGACAAAUUGAUGUUCAUUUUUCGGUAUCGUCGGCGGUCAGCGGCGUCGACGGUGGUGUUCCGGGCUGGAUGCAAACUUAAUUAGGGUGGAGAUUAAUGUUUUUAUUUUUUUGGGAUUUUGUUUUUACAGAAAUAUAUGUAUUUUAGAAAAACAUUUUCAAAUAUUACAAAUCAUUUAACAAAAAUAAGAAAAUAUAUUUAUUAAAAUAUAAAAUGAUAUAAUAAAUAAAACACUUGGUGAUACUCAAUAGGAGUAUCACCUUAGAAUUCUCAGUUAAAAAGUUUUUGCACGCAUUAGGUGUAUAAUAAAUUUAUUGUAUAUCGACAUAAUAUUUUAAAGGGUUCCUUAUAAUAAAUUUAUGGUACUCUGUACCAUCUUUGAUUAAUUAAUGGAAUAAUCCAAGCUUUGGGGUACAUCUUUCCAUACCAAUAUUUUAUAAAAGUGGUCAAAUAUAAAUGCUGCUUUCUCUAAGCUCUGGAGGCGCACGAUAAGUGUGAAAGGCUAUUGUGCACACUCUGCCAUUAAUGGCCAAGAGUGGGCGGCCGAGAAAUAUCCUGGUGCCAUCACCGACUGUGAGGACGGAGCAGAGGUCGGCGUCGUCUACUUCUGGGUAUUCAGCGAAUCAAUCGACUCCUACGACAGAGCUGCGACCAGGCAUGGAGUUGCGACCAAGCACGAUCCUGCGAGCUGCCCCAAUUGCAUCGCCUAGCCCUGUUGCUUCCACGGAAACUCCGACUAGGCGGUUGGUGAUGUCUCCUGCGCCAAUCCCUAGCCAAGGUACCAAUAGAACGAUGUCUAGAGGUAUGCGACUCGGUUUUGUUCCACCCACUUUAAAAGAUGGAAAUCCUAUUGCGUGCUUGCAAAAAGAUGAAAUUGAUACCGAAAUUGCUAAAUGGGCAAAUGCUGUAAUUUGUUAUGUAAUUGGGGACACUCCUACUUUGAAAUACUUGCAUACCUACGUGGAGAGAAAUUGGAACAUUCAAAGUAAACCUAUAAUCUACUUACAUGAUCAAGGGUAUUUUAUAAUUAAAUUUGAGACUUUGGAUGAUAGGAAUAUGGUUCUUUGCUCAGGACCCUACUCAAUUGCAAACCAUCCUAUGAUUAUUAAGCCAUGGAGUGCUAAUUUCAGUUUCAAGGAUGAAGUGUUGCGUGAGGUUCCUUUAUGGGUUCAAUUGCCAAACUUGCCUUUGAGUUGUUGGGGACCGAAUGCUUUGAGUAGAAUUGAAAGUGUUAUUGGGAAACCUCUUUUAGCAGAUGAGUGUACGACACAUCAAACAAGAAUUUUGUAUGCAAGAAUGUUGAUUCAAGUGGAUGUGACUAGACCACGAGUUGACAUCUUACAGGUAGAGGAACCAAAUGGAAUGGUGUUUGAGCAACAAGUUCUAUUUGAUUGGUUUCCCCCAUUCUGUGAAAUGUGCAACCAAGAUGGCCAUGAUUAUAGUGUUCAAAAACCUCCUGUGAAGAGGGGUGUAAAAUAUAGGAAGCAAUGGGUUCCUAAGAAACCACAAAUACAACCUGUCCCCAACGAGUGGCAGACCUCCCUCCUAUCCUCGAAGAACCACAACAACCUGAGGUGGAGACUUGGGCUACUGUUACUAGAAGGUCUGGUGCUAGACCUAGCUCAGAUUCUCAACAUGUCACUCCCAUUACUGUAGCUAAUCCAUAUACAAUGCUACACAAUGAUGAAGUGUUAGAAGAAAUACAUGAUGCACAACCAGGCGAGGAUUAUUUCCCCUUUGAGACGUAAACAAGCCUUUCAAACAGAAGGAAAUUCUCCGCUUCCUAUUAAAGCAUAAAAUUGAUAUUUUUGGUUUGAUGGAAACAAGAGUAAAGAUUAACAAGUUCUCUAGUAUUUCCAAUAAAAUGUUCAAUAAUUGGAAUGUGAUAAAUAAUUAUCAAGAUGCUCCUAAUGGGAGGAUCUGUAUAGCGUGGAACCUUAGAUGUGUUGAUGUUGUGAUUUUAGAUCAAUGUGCCCAGGGUGUAUGCACCAGAGUAUGUGCUAAAUAUCAUCACAGGGGAAAGUAUGUGUUUCGUUGCAAUUUAUGGGUUUAAUACUCAAGAGUUGAGAAAGGAACUUUGGGCUUUCAUAAAUAGAAUUGUCAAUACUCUUAAAGAGCCAAUAUGCUUUUGUGGCAAUUUUAAUACUUUGUUGCUAGCUGAUGACAGAUUGAAUGGUGCUCCCGUAACACUGUCAGAGAUCAAGGACUUCUCAGACUGUAUGACACAUAACUCCCUGCAACAAGUGAGAACAGUUGGCUCUCAUUAUACAUGGUGUAAUAAUCAAGAGGAUGGGGAAAGGAUUUUCACCAGAAUCGACAGAUGUGAUGCUAAUCAGAUGUGGAUGGCAAAAUAUUCUUUGGUUACUUUUGAGGUUUUGGACAGAAAUGUUUCUGACCAUUGCCCUCUCAUGCUCCAGUUUGAAGAAUUACAGGGAAAGGAAGCUCUUAACUGAAGUCGAGAAAUGAAAUGCUAUCGAUGAAGGACUCUGGCAACAAAAGGCAAGAGUAGAUUGGAUUAAACUUGGCGAUUCAAAUACCAAGUUUUUCCAUUCUUAUGCCAAGGAACGAAAGAAUCAAAACUCGAUCACGACCCUGAUUAGGGAGGAUGACACCAGGUUAAGAACUCAAGACCUUAUAAAGGAGGAGAUUAUACAAUUUUAUAAAAAGCUGAUGGGAUUAGCUUCUGUAGUUCUACCUAUGGUGGACAGGAAUAUUACAGAUAGAGGCCCAAGGCUUACUGAUCCUUCUUCUCUAUGUCAACCAAUAUCUUCAAACGAAAUUAAGGCUGCUCUUUUUUAUAUGGACUCUCUCAAGGCUCCAGGAAUCGAUGGGUAUAAUGCUCUUUUUUUACCAGAAAACCAAGAAUAUCACUGGGCCUAGCAUUAUAGCAGCAGUAUAAGACUUCUUUGUUUACAAUCAAAUGCCUCACCAGGUAAACCUGGAAUAUCACUGGGCUUAGCAUUAUAGCAGCAAUGACUCUUGUUCCUAAAAUCUCAAAUGAUGUUCAUGUGAAGGAUUAUAGGCCAGUAGCAUGUUGUACCGUCUUGUACAAAAUAAUCUCAAAGGUUAUUAUUAAUAGGCUUCAGAACAUCUUGCCUGAGAUUGUGGGAGAAAGUCAAUCUGCCUUUAUAAAGGGGCGUGUUAUUUUUGAUAAUAUUA